GAAAAAUGGCAAAGAGAAUUGCAGAGAAGGAACUGACUGACAGAAACUGGGAUCAGGAGGAUGAAGCUGAGGAGGUGGGAACAUUCUCUGUAGCUAGCGAAGAAGUCUUGAGGAACAGAGCUAUUAAAAAAGCAAAGCGCCGAAAUGUUGGAUCAGAGUCUGAAAGCGGAGGAGCUUUUAAAGGGUUUAAAGGCUUCAUACUGCCUUCUGGAAAAGGAGGAGGUGCCUUCAGCGGAUUUGGUAAUGGUGCAGGAAUAAAGCCUUUAGAAGGGCUGUCUAAUGGAAGCAGUAGUGUCUCUAGCACUCCUUCUUUCAGCAGUUUAAAGACCACCCCUGAAACACAGUCACCAUUUGGAUCCACAGUGUCAAAUGGUCCUACUACUACUGCAUUUACCGAGAAGAAGGCUGCAAGCCCAAAAGCUAACGGUGGCAGUCAACCGUCCUCAUCUGGCUAUGCUCAGAGUAAAGUUUGUAGCUCUAGUGUUUACCACAAACAGUUAGCAGCUUUAAACUGUUCUGUGCGUGACUGGAUAGUUAAGCAUGUAAACACAAACCCACUGUGUGACCUGACGCCCAUCUUUAGAGACUAUGAGAAGUAUUUAGCAAAUAUUGAACAGCAACACGGAAGCAGUAGCGAUAGUGGCUCUGAAAACGAAAGCAACAAGACACCUGGCGCUCAGUCUGUUUCUGCAUUUGGGAAUUCAAAGCUACAGCAAGGAGCCACUUUUUUGUUUAACAACAACAAAACUGAGGAUACCUCGGACAAAAAACCUGAAGCUGCAUCUGAAAAAAAAGACCCAUCAUUAGGAGCUACAUCAACCGUCUCAUUUAAUUUUGGCAAGAGUGUCGACAGUUCUGUUUUGGGUUCCCUUGGUUCAGGAACGCUUAGUAGUUUCUCAUUUUCUCCUGGGAAUUCAGGUUUGUUUGGAAAAGACGCAAACCAGGCUAAGGCUGUCACUGCAGUAUCCACCAAUGUAUUGGAAGCUCAGACAGAAAGCGGCAGUAGCGAUGAUAAAGGAGGAGAAGAGGAGGAAGAGGAGCCACCAAAAGUCAUUGUUAACGAAAUAAAAGAGGAUGAUGCUUUCUACUCGAAGAAGUGCAAACUGUUCUACAAAAAGGACAAUGAAUUUAAAGAAAAAGGUGUAGGAACAUUACACUUAAAACCAGCAGGAAAUGAAAAAACUCAACUCCUAGUCCGAGCAGAUACCAAUUUAGGAAACAUACUGUUGAAUGUUCUAAUUCCACCCAAGAUGCCAUGUACAAGAACCGGAAAAAACAAUGUUCUUAUAGUUUGUGUUCCUAAUCCACCGAUUGAUGAGAAGAAUCCAGCUGUUCCUGUCACCAUGUUAAUAAGGGUGAAAACAAGUGAGGAUGCAGAUGAGUUGCACAAAAUCUUACUGGAGAAAAAGGAGGCUUAAAUAAGUUGCAGUGAGUGAUUUGAGGAAUUAUUGCCAAACUGCUGCUGCUCUUUUUUUUUUCUUCCAUAACUUCACUUGAACACUUAACUCUUUACUCUGAUAUUAAGAACUGUUAUAGGAAUUACGGAAAAAUUCUGUGAGGAAAAGCUAAACUAGCUAAUAAAAGCUUUAAUAGAACACAAGUGUUGGACUGUGCUCCCUCAUUUUUCAAUAUCUAAAUGCAGGACCUCUUCUGGAUAAAGCACAUUGAUUUAGAUUAAAGCAUAUGUUUUUAACACAGGUCGAUUUGACCGAAUGGACUGAAAGCAAGAGUACAAAAAUAUGGUACCAGAGCUUCCUCACAGACUGCGGUGCAAUGCAACAGCCUCCUGUUUUGAGAAGGGAGGAUGUUUAACUGUUGAAACUGUUUCUAGGCUCCAGAUUUUUAAUUUUAAUUGGUCUGUCAUAUUCUGGUGAGACUAACUUUUCAAACUGUCCGUGACAACAAUGUACCCCAACGACAACAACGAUACUAUAUAUUGUACUGUGUUUUAACUCUUACAGACUCGUGUGCUUUUGGGACUCGGAGACUGCAUCUCCAGCUACUUAAAAGAAAAAU